AUGCACAACACAACAACGCUCCUCCUGGUGACCCUCCUCGCCACCGUUCUCGCAUCCUUCCCCUCGCCAACAACGGCCCAAGUUGGCACCUCGCCCUGGUGCCAAUCCUACAUGGCUAACUGUGAAGAUCUCCGCAAAAAAAACUGCGACGCCAUGGUCCCCAACGGCGACCGCAACCUGACCUGGAUCUCCACCCAUUGCUCCACCGUUACUCCUCCCGCAGGAGGGUGCAGAUACUUUUCGCCGGAUUGUUCGUGCAGUUAUACCGAUAUUACGAAUUUGAACCGGACAGUUAUGGUCCCCCUGUCGCAGCCUGCUCUUGCGCUGACUCAAACCCAAACAAACAACGGAUGUUUAGAUGGAAAUGCAAACUCAACCGCCCUGCCCACAACCGCCACCGCCACCGUCACCGUGACAACAGCUGUAGGAGCAGCAACGACUACCAUCACCCCCACGGCGACCACAAAGCCCAACAUGGCCGGUGAUAGCAAGAAGCCCAUGGCUGUCAGCCUUGCGACCAUCAAUGUCGCUAUCCUCAUUGCGCUUUUCUUGUGA